CAGCGAGCGCGCCCCCGCGGCGGCGGGAAGAGCCCAGGCGCGUCUCGGCGCACUUGCGAGCGUGCGUCGGGGGCGCGCACGGCGACGGCUCGGGCGCCAUGUUGGAAGGUUGCUGAGCCCGGCCGCCGGGGAUUCUGCUCCUCUCUUUCUCGCUCCCUUUUCUGUGUUCGAGCCUGAGCCGCCGUCGUUGCCGCGGCUGCCUGUUUCCCGUGAGGGCCCGGGCGGCAGGAGGAGGGGGGAGGCAGCGGCGGAGGUAGCGGCGGACCAUGGACGUCGAGAGGCUGCAGGAGGCUCUGAAAGAUUUUGAAAAGAGGGGGAAGAAGGAAGUCUGUCCAAUACUGGAUCAGUUUCUAUGUCAUGUUGCCAAGACUGGAGAGACAAUGAUUCAAUGGUCACAGUUCAAAGGCUAUUUUAUUUUCAAAUUGGAGAAAGUGAUGGAUGACUUCAGAACUUCAGCUCCUGAGCCAAGAGGCCCUCCUAAUCCCAAUGUGGAGUAUAUUCCCUUUGAGGAGAUGAAAGAACGCAUUCUGAAAAUAGUCGCUGGCUUUAAUGGUAUCCCUUUUACUAUUCAGCGACUCUGUGAACUGCUAACAGAUCCAAGGAGGAAUUAUACAGGAACAGACAAAUUUCUCAGAGGAGUAGAAAAGAAUGUCAUGGUUGUCAGCUGUGUAUAUCCAACCUCAGAGAAAAACAAUUCCAAUAGUUUAAACAGGAUGAAUGGAGUCAUGUUCCCUGGAAACUCACCAGGAUAUUCUGAAAGGCCCAAUAUAAAUGGUCCUGGAACUCCCCGACCUGUAAAUCGACCAAAAGUUUCUUUGUCGACUCCUAUGACGACAAACGGUUUGCCUGACAGCCCGGAAAACCAGGAGGCAGGUCUUCCUCCAGCAGAAGAAAAAGUCAACAGUGAAUCACCAGCCUCUGAGCCUGAAAGUGUCCAAAGCAGCACUGGAAAAAAUAAACACCCUGAAGAAGAUCCAGUGGAUGUUGAGGGACGUGAAGUAAAAAGACUUAAAUUUGACAAGGAGGCAGAAUCAGAAGAGACCUCCAUUCAGAGUGGUUCUAGUGAAACUUGUUCAGCAAUGGUAGAAGAAACUGAAAGAACAACUUCUGCACUUCAGGAUAAAGAAAAAGAAACUGUUUGUGAGAGGCAGCAUUGUAAAGAAGAGGAGGAGGAAGAGGAAGAAUCCCUAAUGACACCAGGAGAAACUGUUCCAGAAAGAAAAGAACAAGAUAAAGACAGUGCAUCCUUAACUGUGAAAGAAGAUAUUUCUGAGGAGAAUAAUCAAAUGGAGCAAUCUGAGCAGACUCGAGCAGAGAAGGAUUUGCCUUCUGAAGACAGUGAAAACAGUGGAUCUGUCAGUAGUAGAGCUGACUGCAGUGAAACGGAAGAUUUGGGAUCGUAUGCCAGUGAAACUCCUGAAACUGCAUCAGAGACCCCAAUGGAAAAUAGCGACGAAGCCACAGAAGCUGCAGAAGAACCUAUGGAACAAGACUAAUAAUUUAAAUACACUUAGAGGCAGUAUUUUCCAUAAGGCUCUGGUUUUACACUGUAUAAAUAAUUUUAUGUAAUAAAAGUGGACCUUUAGUUUUACAAGAGAAGCAGGCUGUAAAUUGAACUUCUCAAUGAGACAAAUCCUGAAGGAGCUGAACUUGGUAAGAACUGUGAAAUACUGGCUCCUUCAGGUCCUGCUUACCGCUGAAAUUUCGGUAAGGUCAAAUCAGUGGUCUGUGUAUAGUUUUUUUAUUUAGAAUAAAAGUUUUUAAACUGGAAGGUAAUUAUAAUUUUGACAACUUUUUGGAAAUUACCACAUCUAGUUACAUGUAUACAGGAAUAUUUUUGUCCCCUUUCCCCCCUUUCCCCCGAACACUAUAGCAGUUAUUUCAUGUUUUGGUUACAGUUUGAACAUUAACAUGUGAAUUAUAGGGUUUCUCAAGGGUUUCCAGAUUUUCAUCUUACUGUGUUGUGUGCUUUUGAAAGCUACACAUGAUAAAAUACUUGAAAACAUGCUAAUCUAAGGAACACCUAUGCUUGUACUCUUAUGCCCCCCCCCCAGUGGAAGCAACUGAACUCCUUUCUCACAACACAGCUUUUCCACCUCUAAAUAAACCAAAUAAAAUUUUAGCCCGCCUGAUAUCCUGAACAUCAAAAUCUCUGUUGAAAGUACCAGGUUAAACACAUUCCAAAAGGUCUGUUCUAACAAAACAUGUCUGUAUAUUUCUGAGGUGCCUCAAUGAACGAUUAUCUUUUUGUUUCUGAGAAAAUGUGUUGAGAACAGACUUCCAAACAAUACUGUCAGCUUUUUGUAGGGGAAUGUUUGGAAACCUGACAAGACACUCCCUCUGAUGAAAUGAGACAGUUGAUAUCGUUUCUCAGAUAAUUACUUUAAAAGUAAGCAGAGUACACUGGCACGAAAUGCCUCUGCACUGCAAGACAUUAUUUUAGUUACAAACUUGAGCUGAAUGACUGACUAGCUGUUGUAGGGUGCAUAGAAAACGCCAUAAUUUGUACAUGAUUUUGGGAGUGAACUAAAUAUUUUUGAACAUGCUACUUUGACAGCCAGUGUUAAUUCUUUCUUUUCCAAAACCAGCUCAAAGCACAACUACUGCUUUAAACUCUUCACAUUAUAUUUUUCAGACAUCCACAUGUAAAGACGUUCAAGAUGCAACCUUCACGUUGCAUUUACUGGCUGCCAAAUUUAUACCUGUUUCUUCAACUGUACCUUUUGAUAUUUAGAAUUUUUAAAUUUCUGUAAAGUAGAUUUUUGUAGAUUGUAAAGAGUGCUCACUGCCAUUGUGAAACGGUAUAUAAUUGUAUAAUUUGUGUGUAAAACUGAAUGCUUGGGCUUUCGAUACAGUAUUCAUAUAAAGCAAUAAAUAUUAAUGUUAUAAAAUGUUUGAGUACACUUUAAUCAAAAUCCAAAAGGAAAUCCUUUUUUAAUAGGUGAAACUGCAUACCCUGAAGUACACAAAUAACCACCAAAAUGCAUGCUAACAAUUCUUGUACUGCAUGGUGUGCUUCAUUUUGGAGAAAGGCAGGUUUUCAGUGUCUAGUAUUCCAGAACAAUUUGGCUUUGUUUGCAUAAUUUUUAAGGUGAUUAUUUCUGGCUUCUUAUCAGGUUCAGAGCAUGCAAGGAGGUACUUAGAAAAAGGCCUAUUGCUGUUCUACAUACAAGAGGAAAAAUCAGUUGUCAUUUUUUCCCCACUGUACAGAGGCAGGAGAGAUGGGUGUCUGUCAGUAAACAUUAAGGAAUACUAAAACCAAAACAAUAGAGAAACAUUUCCCAAAAGUAAGACUAUAAAACAUUUUGCCUUCUCUUUCCUCCUUCCUCCAUUUGCUUUUUUUUUCAGGGAUAUUUUGCCAAUGAGAACAAAUUUUAAAUUUAGAGAUUUCUGAAUUUUUCUUUAGAAUGUUUGUUUGUGAAAAUAUUGUUAAUAAACCUAUUCUUUAAGCA